UACUUGUGAUUGGUGCUCUUACCGCAAAUCCUCUUUCGCAGAUAAUUAGUUUAACAGCUAUUUGAUCCAUUCUAAGUUUUGAUCCAUUAUAAGAUUGGCAGAAUAUGAUACAAUUUUUUUUUCAUUUUCCAUUGGGUGAUAACAAUUCUUCUCAGAAUCAAUAGUAAUAAAUAUAUAGCAAAUAUAUAUAUGCGACAAGUUUUCAAUAAUAAUAAUUGUUUAAAAUAAAGAGAUUUCUUUUCUCUUGAUAUUAUGUAUUAACGACAAGAUAUAAUAAUUUUUUGAACAUGGAAGUGGAUGUUGCAUUAAUGUGCGUUGUAAGGACUUUCCUUGAGCCAGCUUCUUAUAUUUAUGAAGAUGAAAAUGCGAGCAUUCUACAAUUAAUUAUGGAAGAAGAUUUACUAGGAAUUACGGAUAAUGUUUCUAUAACAAGAGAUAAUCGACGAAUUCCUGAAGCUGAAGAUUAUGUCGAACACAUAAUUCCAUCACUUAGUAGUGUACAAUUCAAAUCUCAUUUUCAGAUGCUACCAUCGACAUUUGAAUUUAUUCUGGAUGAGAUUGGUGAGAAACUAACUCGCAGUACUGAUGGAAAUGAAAUGGUGCCUGCGGAUAAGCAGCUUCUAUUGUGUUUGUGGCGUUUUGCAACUACAGAUUCAUAUAGUGCUAUAAAUCAACGAUUUAAUGUGGGCAAAGGCACAGCUGUAAGAUCUGUGCGUCGUGUUGCCAGAGCAUUACAUGAGCUUUCAUCAAAAUAUAUUGUAUGGCCGACAGAAGAUAGAAUACAGGAUAUUGUACAUGGUUUUCUUAAUGCAAGUGGUUUUCCUGAUACCAUUGGUGCCAUAGGUGGUACCCAUAUCAAUAUUCCUUCAUCCAAGAACAAUUCAGAGAAGAGCCAUUAUUCAAUUCAGCUUCAAGCUGUUUGUGAUCACACAAAGUUAUUCACACAUGUUUAUGUGAGAAAUGUACGUUCGGAUCAUAAUACUUGUGUUUCCGCUCUUCAAGAAUAUAUUAGUGAUUCAAACAAAUUUCCAAAUAAUACACAUUUAAUUGGAAAUGCUGUUUAUGGACUGCAUCAGCAUCUUAUGGUUCCAUAUCCUGAUAACGAAAACCUUACAAAACAACAAAGGAAUUAUAAUUUAUGCCAUUCUUCUGGUGAAAUUAUGAUCAAACAAGCGUUUGCCCUUUUAAAAGGACGUUGGAAAAGUCUAUUACAUGUUCUGGCAAUAAGUCGUAUGGAUUUUACAUAUGAUCAUAUAUUGGCCUGUUGCGUACUACACAAUAUUUGUUUGCUAAAAAAGGAUGAAUUUCAAUUACACGAGCAAAUGAUUGUUCUAGAUGUAGAAGAAACAGAACUGCAAGAAGAAAAAAUUGAACACAAUGAUAAAAAUGUUGCAGAGAUCAAACGAAACAAUAUUUGUGCCAAAUUACAUAUGAAAAAUGUAUGAAUGAUACGUAGUCAAAAUGUUUUUGCGCGCAUGCGUUUGUAUAUAUACAAUAUAUAAAUAUAUGUAUCAUGUUCCAUA